AGGGGACCCUCCUGCACCCGGUCCGUGGCUCCUUCCGAAGCUGGGACAGCGGGAGGCGCCGGGUCUUUUGCUCCGGGCGUGAGCGGGUGGUGGCAUCCCGGCUGGGGGCGGCUCCUUUGCGCGGGAGGAGGCGGUGCGCCGGGCGCUGGAGACGCGCCUUCCCGGCUCCUGCAGCUCCCCGGGGCCGGUGGCCGGCUGGGCUGCCGGGAGGGCUAGACCGCCUGGCACAGCAUUCACAGGAGCGACCGACUCUCCUGAGCCAGGAUCCUGGUCUCUUGUGCGACCCCGCGGGUUCCGCACAGUGCCCGGUGCGCCCUUGUCUCCCGCAUCGAGCAGGCGUGCGGGCUGGACAUAGAGCCCGGGGACCCGGCCGGAGUUGCGCGUGCGAGAGCGAGAAGCCAGCCCGGCUCCAGAGCGACGAGCGCACUCGGCAGCGCCACCGCAGAUCCCCAGCUCCUGCCGCUCCGACACCCCUCCUCCCGGCCCUGCUCUGGCGCGGAGGGGCUGACGGCUAACCCGCUGUGAGCAACUCCCUUAGAAAAAAGCCGCCGCAUUGGCCGAGGCUGGCCGCAGGACCCCUCCUCCCGGGGCGCCCCCACUCCUCCCCCGCUGCUCCGGGCGCCCGCCUCCCUCCGCCGACUGUCUCCCGGCACGCCGGCCCACAGCCCUUUUGACUGCGAGCGGCGGCCGCUGAGCAGAGGCUGCGACGCGAGACCUGCAGUCGCCCGGGAUUCCCUCCAGGUGACGAUGCUCUGGUUCUCCGGCGUCAGGGCUCUGGCGGAGCGUCCUUGCCGACGCUCGCCUGGGAUUACCUGCUGCGUCUUGCUGCUGCUCAAUUGCUCCGGGGUCCCCAUGUCUCUGGCUUCCUCCUUCCUGACAGGGUCUGUUGCAAAAUGUGAAAAUGAAGGGGAGGUCCUCCAGAUCCCGUUCAUCACAGACAAUCCUUGCAUUAUGUGUGUGUGCUUGAACAAAGAGGUGACUUGCAAGAGAGAGAAGUGCCCCGUGCUGUCCCGGGACUGUGCGCUGGCCAUUAAGCAGAAGGGCGCCUGCUGUGAGCGAUGCAAAGGUUGUACCCAUGAAGGAAGAACGUACAACAGCUCUUUCAGAUGGCAAAGCCCGGGUGAACCGUGCGUCCUGCGGCAGUGCCAGGAGGGUGUCGUCACAGAGUCUGAGGUGCGCUGUGCUGUUUAUUGUAAAAAUCCCUCAGAGCAUCCGGGAGCCUGCUGCCCUACCUGUCCAGGCUGUGUGUUUGAAGGUGUGCAGUACCAAGAAGGAGAAGAAUUUCAGCCGGAAGAAAGCAAAUGUAUCAAGUGCUCCUGUGUUGGAGGCAGGACACAGUGCGUGAGAGAAGUCUGCCCCAUUCUCUCUUGUCCCCAGCACCUUAGUCACACACCCCCAGGACAGUGCUGCCCCAAAUGCUUGGGUCAGAGGAAAGUAUUUGACCUUCCUUUUGGGAGCUGCCUCUUUCGUAGUGAUGUUUAUGACAAUGGAUCUUCUUUUUUCUAUGAUAACUGCACAGUAUGCACGUGCAAGGACUCUACAAUGGUGUGUAAGAAGAAGUGCUCCCAGCCUGGAGUCUGUGACAACAAUGGGGAUGCCUGUUGUGAAGAGUGUCUCCUGCGAGUGCCCCCAGACGAUGUCAAAGUGUGCAAGUUUGGUAGCAAGAUUUUCAGGGAUGGGGAGAUGUGGUCCUCCGUCAACUGUAGCAUCUGCGCUUGUGUGAAGGGGAAGACAGAGUGUCGCAAGAAGCAGUGCCUUCCUGUCAGUAGCUGCCCACAGGGUAAGAUUCUCAACAGGAAAGGAUGCUGUCCCAUUUGCACUGAAAAGCCCGGCGUUUGCACAGUAUUCGGAGAUCCACACUACAACACGUUUGACGGACGGACAUUUAACUUUCAGGGGACUUGUCAGUAUGUUUUGACAAAAGACUGCUCCUCCCCUGCCUCACCCUUUCAGGUACUGGUGAAGAACGAUGCGCGCCGGACCCGUUCCUUCUCCUGGACCAAGUCUGUGGAGCUGGUGCUCGGCGACAGCACCGUCAGCCUGCAGCAGCACCUCACUGUGCGCUGGAACGGCUCCCGCAUUGCACUACCCUGCCACACGCCCCACUUCCACAUCGACCUGGACGGCUACCUCUUGAAAGUGACCACCAGAGCAGGUCUGGAGAUAUCCUGGGAUGGAGACAGUUUUGUGGAGGUCAUGGCUGCCCCCCAUCUCAAGGGCAAGCUCUGCGGUCUCUGUGGCAACUACAAUGGGCAUAAACGCGAUGACCUGAUUGGUGGAGACGGAAACUUCAAGUUCGACGUGGAUGACUUUGCCGAGUCGUGGAGAGUGGAGUCCAAUGAAUUCUGCAACAGGCCACAGAGAAAACCAGUGCCUGAGCUGUGCCAAGGCACAGUGAAGGUGAAGCUCCGAGCCCAUCGGGAAUGCCAGAAACUCAAGUCCUGGGAGUUUCAGACCUGCCACUCAACCAUGGACUAUACGACUUUCUACAGGUCUUGUGUGACAGAUAUGUGUGAAUGUCCAGUUCAUAAAAACUGCUAUUGUGAGUCGUUUCUGGCAUACACCCGUGCCUGCCAGAGAGAGGGCAUCAAAGUCCACUGGGAGCCUCAGCAGAGCUGUGCAGCUACUCAGUGCAAACACGGUGCUGUGUAUGAUACCUGUGGCCCAGGCUGUGUGAAGACCUGUGACAACUGGAAUGAGAUUGGCCCAUGCAAUAAGCCAUGCAUCGCAGGUUGCCAUUGCCCAGCAAACUUGGUCCUUCAUAAGGGAAGAUGCAUCAAGCCAGUCCUCUGUCCCCAGCGAUGACCUUUGUUCCAGUCCAUAAGACUUUGAAAUCUAGUGUCUUUGACACUGACGUGGAAGAGCCAAUGAAGGACUGUAGUGUUUGUGUGCUUGAUUCCGCAAAUACACAGAGUAUAUAUGUGUGUAAAUAUAUAUAGAUAUAUAGAUAUAUUCAAAACAUUUCAUCCUUUAUAUAAACUAUAGGUGGAUUAUUAUAUGUAUAUUUUUUGCUAUAAGACAUGUAUUAUUUCUAGAAUCUUAAUAUCUAAGCCAUUGGAUGCAUCAUAUAAAUAUACAGGUGCUUUUAAUUUAAUAAGGUGGCAUGCAGACCUAUCAGGUGUCUUUAACAUUGCAAUCAUGUCAUUCUGAGGACAUUUCCUGAGAGCCCUCAUGCUGCUUGCAUUAAUUUAAGAACUGAGUCAGGAUUUUUGAGUGGGAUGUUUUUUGAAGAAGGAUACAUUGUCUAGGGGCAUUUCAUGUUUCCAAAGACUAGAUUGUAUGUCAAAGAAAAACAAUUGGGGACAAGCCCUAAUGAGUGCAAACCCAGGGGGAGGCUCUCAGACCUCAUUGGGUCAUAGCUGGACAUUACUUCCAAAACUGGAGAGUUGCCAAGAAAUAUGUAUUUUUUCUCACUAGGGUAUUGCCAAAAAUCCAAUUUAUUUCUUUUCAUUUCUGCAUAUCCCAUGAGUCUCCUCAUUAUUUAUGUGUGUGUGAUGGAUGUGGCCAUUGGUAUGUCAUGCACUGAAGUCCAAGGGUGUCCGGAUGACAUUUUGUUGAGCAUGAGGAGAUAGUUGGAAAAAUCAUUGCGCAAUGCAUAAGGAAGUAGUCAUUUCUCUGAAACUGAGCAAUUUAGGAUGGCAAAUCCAUUCAAUAGCCAGAGGCAAUCUCUAUUUUGUCACCAUCGCACAUACAGAGUGACAGCCUUGGUUGUUCUGCACCACCGCUAUCCACUGUCACUUGUGGAUAGUCAUGGGUUGCAGGUCUGGGGCAAGAAAGAGGGAUUUUUCUGGCCACUUGUUGAAGCAUCAUUCCAAAAGAGAAUUGUUUCUAUAUUUGCUCUAAUUUACUGAUGUUACUAAUAGUUAUUGGUUCUUGUUUUCUGCUGAAUGUGAAAAAUGUCAAAACCAAAAACCAAAAAUCACCAAACCCACCGAUGUCAAAAAGUAAAACGUUCUGCAUUGUAGUCA